AUGAGCUUCGAUAGCUCGAGGGGCUACCGCAGCACCUUCGGCUACCGCACCAACACCCCGUACCAGCAGCCCAUCGCCCACCGCCAAGGGUACUCGGAGACGCAACUCACGAUGCACCAGCACGGCGCCGUCAUCGUGGGCUGCUCCGCGGCCUGCGCGUUCGUGACGGUGCCGAUUGAGAAGCUGGGCCGCUUUUACUUUCUUAGCGACGUCCCCGGCGAGUCCAGCCGCAUUUACAUGUCCGAUAAGCGAGCCCAGUUCUUCCGGGUGCUGUUCCACACACGAUGGUGGCAGGGCCGCUCCUUCGUGUGGCUGGCGGCGCACUACGGCUUUCUGCUCUCCACCUUUGCCGUGCUGCGACACUGUUUGGAGACGGCGCCGGUCACGGCGCAGUGGGACAACCGCCGCCGUGGCUUUGCCGCUGGCGCCAUGACAGGUGUGCUGUACGCUACGGUACGCCAUCCUUACGACGUGUUGCGUGCAACGGCAGAGGUCCCAACGGGACCACGCCAGUUUAGCGGCGCCGCGGACGUCCUCAUGACGGCGCUGCGAGAGCGGCCGCAGGUGCUGCUCGGUGUGUAUCGCGGUUUCACCGUCGCGCUGCUGGGUUGCUCGCUGCAGUUCGCCCUUCAGCUCGGUCUCUACAACUGGCUGCGCUACGAUGGUGUGUAUCGCCAUUCCAUGGUGCUGUUUCUUUACUGCCACCUCGCCACGUUCCUCGGCAUGGUGGCCCAGUAUCCGGUGCAGUCUCUGCGACAGCAGCUGCACAUCAUCAACUCCACCACUCGCGGGCGACCGCAGAAUUAUCGCUCGCUCUUUCUCGAUUUGCGCCGGCGCCACGGCAUCACGAAGCUGUACGACGGCUUCUUCCGGGGUAAGCCGAUUCUGAACGCGGUGCCGAUGGCGUUGGUCAUGACUGCGUACGACGUGAGCACUCGACGCUACACCGAAUACCUGCACCCCGAGGCGACAGCGAAACCAACCCACACGCAGUCCCUCACCUCCGUCGCGGCCCCCGCCUACGUGACGCACCCGCUGCCGUACGAAUUUGCGCGCAAAGCUCCGUGA